AUGGAAGAAUAUAUAGGAGCAUGCCUUAUAAUAAAAACGAACAAGACAACGCACAUAGGAAGACUGCACCAAAUAUCACCUGAAAUGAACAAAAUGGUAGUAGAAGUAUCUGGGAACCUCAAGGAAAUAGAACUUUCUGAGAUUGAUGAAGUAGAAAUACUUGCUGAUGAUGAUAGCGAGAUAAUACAAAGAGAACAAGAGAAGGAAAAGACAAAACCAAAGGAAGAAACAAAGAAAUUAGUGCCUGUCACGCACGUAUCAACAGAAAUAUAUAGUAGAAUAAUAGAGCUGUCAGAUACUCUAUUUGGUCCAUCAAGAGGCGAGAUUGUAUACUCAGGUGCAAGAGGGGUACUGCACCUAUUUGUGAAUAUUUUCAAAUUCAUGGAUAAAAAGUUCGUUAUAUACACAGGGUCUGGUAUAUUCUCUGAGAUUGCAGUUGUUUUAGGAAGAAUAUCACUACUGUACGGGACAGAAGUAACAAUUAUUCCAUCCUCAAAGACGCAAAGAAUUGCAAAGGAACUGUUCUAUUAUGAAGCUAAUAAUGGGAUGGUCUCUAAUAAGCGAAGAGAUCAGCCAAUUGUCAUAAUUGCAGAUACAGACGUAAAAGAGGAAAUGGUCAAGGGUGCAGAGAGGGUGAUCUUCUUGGGAGACUAUAAAAAUAUUGAGAUCCCAAAUAAAGAAGUGAUAUUCUUUGGGGUUCCAGUGCGAGAUCCUUUAGAGUUCACUGGGAAUUCAAUUCUGUGCGAUGUAGGGCUCUCACCAAAAGUGCUCUCUAAAUAUAACAUUCGAAAAUAUGCCCCAAAAUUACUCCAAAAGAUUGGUAAACAGUGA